AUGCCCGCCACCAAGGCUGGCGCAGCGGCUUCCGCGACGGCGUCUUCGGGGCCCGCGUCGCCCCCUCGACUUAAUUAUUUGACCGCGAAGGCCGAUCGCCCGAGGCGGGCGGCGGGCGGUGCUGCGGACUGGUCGGACGGGUGCGGUCCGGAAGAGCGCUCAGACAGCGCGCCGCCGUGGCGCGCCGCUCUGCGCCAGACUCCGCGGCACCGCAGCGACACGUCGCACGUGUGGCCGCACUCGCGCAACACUCAAAUUUCGAAA